UAUGAACUGAGCAUUUUGUAUGUAGAGGAAGUGUUGAAAGGAAACCAUGAGUCUAAGCGGAAAGCUGGUGAGUGAGUUAGUGAUUAAUGGACCUGCUGAGAGAUUUUAUAAAGUUUUUAGAGAGAAAUGUUUUCUUGUUCCCAAAAUAUGCCCAAAUGCUAUUCAGGAAGUUGAUAUUCAUGAUGCUGAGUGGGAUAACCAUGACCAUGGCUCGAUCAAGACUUGGUAUUACACUGUUGAUGGUAAAGCUGAGGUUUUCAAAGAAAAAGUGGAAUUUUACGACCAGAAAUUGACAAUGGUAUUGGUUGGAAUGGAAGGAGAUGUAUUCAACUACUAUAAAAGUUACAAAUCUACAUUUCAAGUUGUGCCCAAAGACGAUAACCAUUGCCAGGCAGUUAUGACCAUAGAAUAUGAGAAAAUAGAUGAUGCUUCUCCCUAUCCUUAUAAGUAUAUCCACCUCAUGAAUACCGUCACUAAAGACAUUGAAUCUCACCUCAUUAAAUGAAUAUUUAGUCUUAUAUAAUAUAUGUUUCAUCACUUCCCCUCUAAAUAAUUUGGCUUGUGUUUUAUGUUUUUUUCAAAGCAUUGAUUAUGUAUCUUUGCUACUUUAUUAUUGUUGUAUUUCUAUAAAUAAUAUGGUUUGUUUAUGUUCAACAAGGAAACAAACAAAUGGUUGUUUCUAUAUAAUAGUAGUGGUAAAUAAAAUAAUAGUAUGUUUUGUUUA